ACUAUAUCUAUGACGUAAAGAUGACAGGUAAAAUGGUGUAUUUCCGGUAUACCAGUGAAAGGGUCCUUGUACACUGACUUGUGCCUCUCAAAUAAUCUGGAGAAAAGGAAAGUGUGAAACAAAUGCAGCAAGUUCAAAAUAACAUUAAGAAAGACUACAUCAAGAUUGCACCACUUGAUUUCAACAGAACAAUAUAACACCAUAACUGUAUUCCCUUUCGUAAAAUUAUGACACAAAAACAACGAGAAAACUUUUACAGAACAUCAACCAUCAUCGUUGAGCAUGGGAAGGAAGUACUCUUGUUAUUACUAGAGGAUGAUUUAUCUAAGCGAAACCUGACUUUAAUAGAUUUUAUUAACAUAAACCAGCAUGCAAUUUAUCAUCUUUGUUAUAACAAACAUUCGUGUUGUCAGUGUACUGGAGGAGCAUUCGCAAGAAAUACUACUUCACAAAGAGUACUGUAUCCAUGCCAACUAGAUAUUUUAUUUGAUAAAACUGGACCGACAAUGACAGGUCAUAAUUUGAACAGCAGGUCACAGUUCUGUUGUAGUGCUGCUAAACAAUCUUUAACAACAUCAUGUCUGGACCUAACACUUUUGAGAUGUUUGUUAAUUAACUUUGCCCCAUCUUGUACCGGUGCUGUCAGAAAAGACGUUGAUGAUCUAAUUAAGUACAGGAACAUUCUGUAUGGUCAUUCACAAGAGGCAAAAAUGUGUGAUACAGAUUAUUCUGGUUACAAAAUACAGAUAGAAAGCGUUAUACUUUCAAUUGCCAAACAAUGCAACAAAGAACAGAUGAUAAGGCAAAAACUUAAUGAUGCGACAGUCAGACCACUGGAUGAAACUAUAAGCACCCAAUAUCAAAUUACACUUUUAGAUGAGAUGCGUCGUGAGAAGAAAACAAAGGAGACAAUUGUUAAUAUGCAUGAUGCAUUGGAACAACAAACAAAGAAAAUAAAUGAAAUGAAUCGGAACGGCAGAAAUAUUUUAAGCAAGUUGAUGUAUUCCAUGGAUUUAGUUUGCUGUAGUUUGAUCUUUCCUUACGUUGAUUUUGUUGCUUUUAUUUUUAUGUUGUUCCUCUUCAUUUGUGUCUACUUUUAUCUAUUAGAGUACUUGCCAAGUAAUUUGGUCAUAUUCCUAUUAUCAAUUGUACUUUUAUUUAUCGUAAUCAUUAUUACCCCAGAUAUUUUAGGGACAGUAAUUUUGUUUAUAGAGUCAGGUUUCAAUUUUUCUCUCUCGGUGUAUUCUAAUCUCAUCACACGUGAAACAGUACCCGCAUUGUUCCUUGUAUAUUAUAUUUUUCUAUUCAAAGUUAGAUUUAAAAUGAAGAACUUUUCCGUAUCACUUAAUUUCAUGAUUAUAGUCAUUCCAUUUUGUUUUUGCUCUUUACAUUACCUUUGGCCGUAUAUUUUAUCAUUUAUAUUUAAUAACUUCAAAAUGGUUAUUGCCAUUUUAAGUUUAAUUAUCGGUUUGAAAUGUUGUAUCUGGUAGUAGUAUUUUUUAUACUUUAGGGCCAGAAAUUUAAGUAAUUAAUGAGUCUACUGGUUUAAAUAAAAGUGUCAGACCACCAAUUUUCCCACUCCUAUUUAGAACAUAAAAAGUAAAACUACUCUGACAAUAAUCGUGGUUUUAAUGUUAUUGUUUACUUAAACUAAACAAAUUUGCAGAAAUAAAACUUUUAGUGUUAGAAAAUAUAUUUAUACCAUUUUAGCCAUAUUUUAUUUGUCCAUGAUUUUGGAUUUAAAAUUGAGGAUUUAUGCGCUCUAAAGUAUACUCUUUUAAGAUUUCCAGAAAACCAGGGUUUUUUUUAGUAGUAGUUGACUUUCGAACAAUCGUGUUUCACUACAAGACGUAAAAUAUUGGUUAAAAAAUGGAGUAUAGAAAGGUGAUACAAGUACAACUCAGGAUAUACCUGGGUUUAACUUAAGGUAGGCUGUGACAAUUGAAAAAAUUGAUUGAUUACAUAAGGGUUUUGAAUUGGUGGUAUGACAUAAUAAAUUGGUAUGACCGAAGUUUGUGAUGACUUUUGAAAUGCAAAUACGCGAGUGACUUAGAUAAUGAUGGACAUACAUCCAUAUGGUUUGUUAAAUUGACCAGGUGACAUAACAUAUGACAUAUUAUAUAGGGCACAACCCAUAUUUCACGGUUCAUGGCAUUUAUUUUCUACCUUUAAAAUCAUUUUAAAUAGUGGAAUCGACUUACAAUCACACAACUUGCUGCAAAAAUGAACAUGAUGAAUGAGACUUUUACCAACAUUAAGUGAAAUGCCUACAAUAUUUUUUCUGUGACUUUGAACAAGUUUUUUUUUAUGUUGAGUCCCAGUUCUCAUAUACUAAUGCUUACAAUCAUAUGAACUGAUACUGAUAUGAUGCAUCUGGUAAAAAGUUACAAUCUACAUUAGGUGAACCUUGCCUACAUUUUGUGCUUCUAAACAUUGGUCAAGUUUUAGUUUAUUUCUUAGUUACCAAUGAACCUAAAAUCAACGAGCUUUAUACAUUUAGCAGAGAAAAUAGGCUCCAAUGAUUACAUAUAUUUGAUGCGUCAGUGACUAAAAUUUCCCCAAUACGUCAAUUAUAUGCUUAAUUGAUUUUGAUCAAGUUUAUAUCGAUUCAAGUUCUCUGCUACUAAGUGACCUACACUCAUAUAACAUGAUGUUAGGAUAAAAUUUAGGGGACGAUUUAGAUAUUCUAAUUAUAUUGUAGUCAACAUUGGCCUGCAUUUGUUGCUCCGGUAAAUUUGGCAAUGGAAAUUUUACCUGUUAUUCCGGUUCUCAGAUACUAAACGGCACACAAUGAUUAGAUAUGACAAUGAUGUCAGAGAACAAAAUAUCACAUAACAUUAUUAAAAACAUAUCUAUAUUUUCUGCAUCAGUGUUUUUGGUAAAUAAGUUUCCGAAAACAUUUCUUUUGCAAUUUUAAUUUAAUUUUACUUGUUUUACAGGUUUCCUUAUUAUGUUUGUUAUCAAAAUACAAUUUUAGACAACGGUAAGGCAUUUUCUGUGGUUCUAUCAUGACACGAACAAAAAUCUGUCUAAAACUUUUAAACAGGCCGCAUAUAAAAAUUGAUUAUCUAAUAAAAAAUAAUGAAUAGAGCAUUUCGAUACAUGAAAUUAUAUAAACUAUAUGCAAUCAUAUAUGAAACACAAGGAACAUUUUGAGUGGUCGUUCUUUAAAAGCUGCUUUAACUUUGUCAUUUUAAUUGAUAUAUAGACAAAAGAAGUAUCUUAUCAAAAGGAAAGAUAGUCGAAACUGAAAGUGUAAAUUAAAAAAAUAGGAAGUUAUUCAAAUGAUCUACAAAUAUGAAACAUUUAAUGUUUUUUCAAUGUGAUUAAUAGGGUGUAGCUCAUUGAUUCUGCUUUCCUUUAGUACCUCGGUUGUCAUAAUAUCCCAGCAGAUGACAAAAAUACAGCAGUUUAAACAUAAACAGAGUUUUAUGUAAAAAAAAAAGAUUUUGCUACUUUUUACAAAGAAAUGUUUCAAACAAUUUGACAGCGUUAAAACUAGCUUAUUUUACUUGUUUAUGAUAUAUUAUGAGAGAAAAUACUAUUUGUACGUAUGUCAUUAUUUCACUAUUAACAAACAUGUUAACAAUCAAUUUUAAAGCAAUUUUUUAAAAGAAAGGCAUCGUGAGCGAAUUUUGAAAUUUCUUAAUAAAAGACUUUCAAUAACAUUUUUUUUAAAUGCAAGAUACGGUUUGACACUAGCCGUAGCUUAAAAAUUAUGUAAGUUGAUAAUGUGUGUAAACCAACACGUUGGUCCCUCUGGCUAUUAAAAUGUAUAUUGUUUUGGAACCACUGUAUUGUAUAUAAAUGUUUGUAAAUAUAUGCAUAUUCUUGUACAUAUUUAGCAACCUCUCUGUACCUUUGUGUCUGCAAUGUUUAUGAGAAUAAAGAUGUCAUUAUUGUUAUUGACACUGCAUUUAAAGAAAGUAUAUGUCAUGACUAUUUUCUUAACAUUGUUAUAUUUGAUAAUGGAACUUUUCUUGUUAUGUCUUUAAACGCUCUGUUUAUUUAUUUCCAUUCUAAAUAACAGAUCUUAUAUUUUGUUGUUGGUUGCUUAACGUCCAGUGAGAAAUAUUUCAUGCAUUAUCAGGACGGUAAUAACAGAUGUUAUAUAUUAUACAUGUACAUUCUAUUGUCGUGUGUGUUUUUGCAGUGUAAUCGUGAGAGUUAUGUCCCUUUAUUAAAUAAUGUAAUUUUGUUAUGCUUUAAUCUGUCUCUUUCUGAAUUGAAGUACAAUGGCACCAGACGUGUUUUUAUUGCUCUCAAGAUAUAUUAGAUGAACGUCACGAGAAGGCUUGUAUAUACCUCCCCGUGUUCGUAAUUCAGAGUAUAUACAAAACAUUGGCUUCUUUAAAAUUUAAUUUAUUUCUUAAAAUUUCAGUUUAAUCUGAUAGGGAUUUCAGUAUAUGUCCGUUCCAUUUCCGAUUGAAGAAAUUGGCUUGUUCUUUAAAAUCAAUCAGUUACGACUUACACUUACAAGUUGAACGGUUAAUAUAACUUGUAAUGUUACUAUUACUCUUAAAGUCAUAUAAAACGAUUUUCUUGUGAUUAUAAUUUUUAUCUCAUUAAUUGUACUGUAAAUUUUCUUCAACAUCACAGAUUUCCUUUUUAUAGUCUUGUUUUACUUUUUGUUCAAUUAUAAUAUAUCAUUUACUGAGCUUUCAAAUAAAGAAAUUCAGUUGAACUUA